AUGGACGAAUAUCAAAAUCUAACGUCUACAAACGACACACUUUAUAAUAUACUUGAGGUACCGAAAACAGCGACUGCAGAAGAAAUUAAGAAGUCCUACAGACGACUAGCACUAAAACAUCAUCCUGACAAAAAUCCCAACAACGACGAAGCCACCGAGAAAUUCAAAGAGAUCAAUCACGCCAACAGAAUUCUCAGCGAUCCCGCCAAAAAGCGUAUUUACGAUGACCACGGGACAUUGGGAUUGUAUAUAGCCGAGCAGUUCGGAGAAGAGAACGCAAAAACCUACUUCGUGAUCACAUCAACAUUGAGCAAAGUGUUGUUGUUGAUUUGCGUCAUACUCACAGGCUGUUUUUUCUGCUUCUGUCUGUUCUGUUGUUGCAAAUUCUUUUCAAGCAUGUUCGGUUUUGGAAUUCCAGACGCGUCCGAAUACCAAGGAGAUGCGAGCAUCGAAGACGUUGUACCGAUCACAACGCAACCGUUAUUAGAUGACCAAUGUGCUCGAUCAAUUUCUAUAAUGCCACCGGCUCAGGAAAUGGAAAAAUGUCCGAUCCCAAACCGACACGACGUGUCGAAUUGACUUGGUCGUGAUUCGUCGAAGAAGAAUUCCAACUGAUGUAAUUAGCACAUAUUUUAAAUUAAUUCUUGA